GGCUAACUUUUGUCGUUGUUACGACUUAAAUGUAUGUAUGGCGGCCAAUCCAAGAUGUGAUUCAGACAGAUGCAGCCAUCAACCCCGGAAACAGUGGGGGGCCAUUGCUGGAUAGCACUGGAAGCUUGAUUGGUAUCAAUACUGCGAUUUACUCUCCGUCUGGUGCAUCAUCUGGUGUUGGUUUCUCCAUCCCCGUUGACACCGUGAGCGGGAUUGUCGACCAGAUUAUCAAGUUCGGUAAAGUGACGAGGCCAGUGUUGGGUAUCUCCUUUGCACCGGAGCAGGCUGUAGAGCAGCUGGGCGUGACUGGAGUAUUGGUACUUGAUGCUCCUCCAGAAGGUCCCGCUGGAAAAGCAGGGCCAUGCUAAUCUUCUUUUCUCUGUAUCGUUCCAAUUUUAACGGAUGUCCCGAAGGAC